GCGGCAGCACGUGGAACCUCCGACGAGGAGCGCGGCGAACGCGAUGACGCCGAUCCUGCGGGAUCGGAGAGCGGUCCACGAGGAACCGUCGUAAUGGCCGGUCUCGUGAUCGUCGAGGAGGACCCGAGCGAUCGACCGGGGUAGACGUGAUGCCGCUCGGGAUCACCGAGGGAAGUCCUCAGCCGAGAUGAGGAGGAGCAAGUCGAGGGGAAGCGUCAUCGACGACGUGUGCGGCUGCUCCGCUCUAUCGUCGAUCAUCCAGAAGAAAGAUUUGAACUCCACCUCGGCCGCGUUCAUGCACGUGCGUGACAACAUCGAGGAGCUGGGCAAAGUCGCCGAUGACACGGACCUGCUGUUCCUGAAGGGCCUCCUCGACAGCCCGGUCGUCACGUCCCUCGUGAAGGUGCAGGAGCGUCUCGAGGACCCGCCGGUGCCCGUGGAGCCGGUAUGCUCGUCCGUCUGUGAUAUCGUCGACGAGGUGUGCCACGCUUUCCGGUCCUCCAGGAACUCGCACGCCAGGGAGCUGGUGAAUCUUCUCGGCAACGCGCAUCUGCGAGCGCUCCUGGAGACGCACGACGCGGUCGUGGAACGCAGAGAAGCGCCUUCCAAACCGCCCGAUCCGCCCGCGCUAACAAUGCCGACGAACAAGAAGGAGGAAAUGCCUAUCAGGGUGGUCGGCCUCAGGAGGCAACCUGAUGAACCUCUGGGUCUGACGGUGCAGGUGGAUGAAUCCGGGAAUAUGAUCAUCGCCAGGAUUCUCGGUGGCAGCACAGCGGCACGUCAGGAGCUUUUGAAGACAGGCGAGGUGAUACUCGAAGUUAACGGAAAAAGAGUUCGAAACCCCGAGGAGUUGCAGCAGGCGAUCCAGGAUGCCAAGGAGAAUUUAUCCCUAAAACUGGCUCCGGGUGUCGCCACGGACACGAACCGGCCCCUCAAGUCCACGUGUUACAUGAGGGCCCUCUUCGAUUAUGAUCCAUCGGAAGAUACGCUUCUACCCUGUCGGGAGAUUGGUCUGCCCUUCCAGAAGGGCGACAUCCUCCAGAUCGUUGACCAGGCCGAUCCGAAUUGGUGGCAGGCGCGAAGAGUGGAGGGCGAGAGCCUCGGAUCACCCGGGCUAAUACCCUCGCUGGAAUUGGAAGAACGCAGGAAGGCGUUCGUACCGCCUGAGGCUGACUUCGUUCACAAGAUCAGCAUCUGCGGCACGAGAAUAUCCAAGAAAAAGAAGAGGAAGAUGUACCAAUCCAAGUCGAACGGUGAGUUCGACGGUGCCGAGUUGCUUCUCUACGAGGAGGUCGCCCGAAUGCCGCCGUUUCGACGCAAAACCUUGGCCUUAGUUGGACCACGUGGCGUGGGUCGGCGGACCCUGAAGAACAGAUUGAUCAACAGUGACCCCGAGAAAUUCGGCACUAUCGUACCCUACACAUCGAGACCGCCUAGAGUCCUCGAGGAGGACGGCAAGAGCUACUGGUUCACCGAUCGCGAAACCAUGGAAACCGAUAUCAGGGAGCACAGAUUUCUGGAGCACGGUGAACACGGUGGACAUCUAUAUGGCACGAAGCUGGAUUCGGUGCGGGAAUUGAUAAGAGCCGGCAAGAUGUGCGUGUUAGACUGCAGUCCAGCCGCGCUCAAGAUCCUCCACAACAGCACGGAAUUCAUGCCUUACGUCAUAUUCAUCGCCGCGCCCGGGAUGGAACAGCUGAAAUCCUUAUACGAUCUCGGGAGAUCGACCGGUGCUAGCAAUCGAAAUCUAACGUUCGACCGCCAGAGUUCCAUCAGGUACAGCUCGAGAAGAGCCAGGACACUGGAAUCCCUCGCAUCUUUGUAUGAGGAGGACGAUCUGAAAUCUACGUUGGAGGAGUCCGCGGCAUUGCAGAGAGCCUAUGAAAAGUAUAUCGACCUGGUGAUAGUGAACGAGGACUUUGAUAAUACGUUCAGGCAGGUGGUCGCAGCUCUGGAUGCCUUAGCCACGGAGCAUCAAUGGGUGCCAGUCAAUUGGAUCUAUUAAUUCUAGUUCCCGAAUGCAGCUUACGAUAUAGGACUUAAGAGCCGCGAAAAUAUAGGAACGCGCGAAUGAAGAAAGGAAUUUUUAUUACUGCCUAUGUCAGAUUCAAAAAACUGAGAUUAUGUUACGCGCAUGUUAUGUGAAGUGAAUGUUUGGAAUCAGGCUCAGUUUGUUGCGCGAUUAAGAAAACGCAAGGCACGUGUAAUCAGAGUACAAAGAAUGCUACGAAUAUCUCAUGCCGCGUGAAGCGAUAUCGAUCGUCAUCGCGCAAAGGACGCGAUCGAGAAUCUCAUAUUGUCGUUUUAUAAUUAAACACGUAGCGUAGCGUUUAUUAUUAGUUUCGUUAGAUUUACAAACGACCCGUUUUGCAUAUGGAAUCUCAUCGACAAAACUUCGUUUCGUACAUUGCUGUCAAAUCGUAAUACACAGAAUAUUGAAUUCUUCUCGUCCUCGACGAAUCAGCAUGGCGACGAUGAUGGAGAUCACUAAUCAAAUUUCAGAAGAACAAAAAACGGUUUUCUUUUACAUAAAAAGAAGAAAGUCAUAUCGCACGCUGCAUUUUUUACUGCCAAAUCUUAACAACGACUGCAUUAGCAACGGGUCGAUUGAUGUGUUAGACCGCCGUCCAGUUAAUUUUAAUAUACUUUUAAUUUAGUAUAACGAUAACCGCGUACGCACGUACGUUUCAUUUAUCUACACAAUGUUUCCCGCGAAUUCUGUUUCGUGUCUCAUUUUGCUGUUCGUGCACGCUAAGUAAUAUUCCUGGCAUGGAAGUGCCUUAAUAACGCAAGCCUGCAAUUGAGUUGACGCGAAGAUCUACUAUGUCGACUCGACGCGAUUUCGCUCUUGCAUUCAAGUUUUUCACAGGAGGACUAAAAACUAACAAAUGCCUUUUCUAACGUCCAACGGACAAUACAUACGCAUCUCCACACAUACUUACAUAUACACAUACUUUUUUUCAAAUCAAUCUACCUCUUCCGGAGGUCUAUUUAUACAUUUAUUGUGAGUCGCUUUGUACGGGUAUGUAACGACUGUGAACCAAUAUCAGUAUGUUUAAUCGCGAGAUACAUACCUGUCGCCCCGAAGAGCAACGUGAUGCACGAUGUGGAAUAAAGUUUAUCGAGCAUUUGUUACGAAUCAGAAUCGUA